AUGGCCAACGCCCUCGACCACCUGGCCUCUGGCCGCACGCGCACUGAGUGGCUGUCGCAGCUCAACACUGAGUACCGCCCGGCCAAGAACUACCGCCGCACCUCCAUCAUCGGCACCAUUGGCCCCAAGACCAACUCCGCUGAGAAGAUUAACAUGCUCCGCAGGGCUGGCCUGAACAUUGUCCGCAUGAACUUCUCCCACGGCUCGUAUGAGUACCACCAGUCCGUGAUUGACAACGCCCGCGAGGCCGCGGCCAUCCAGGCCGGCCGUCCCCUGGCCAUUGCUCUGGACACCAAAGGCCCUGAGAUCCGUACCGGCAACACUGUUGGCGACCAGGACCUCCCCAUCAGCGCUGGCGACGAGAUCAUCGUCACCACCGAGGACGAGUAUGCCACCAAGUCGGACAACAAGAAGAUGUACGUCGACUACAAGAACAUCACCAAGGUCAUCGAGGUUGGCCGCACCAUCUACGUCGACGACGGUAUUCUCUCGUUUACCGUCGAGGAGAUCAUCGACGAGCAGAACCUGAGGUGCAAGUGCAUGAACAACGGCAAGAUCUCGUCCAAGAAGGGUGUCAACCUUCCCAAGACCGACAUCGAUCUUCCCGCUCUCUCCGAGAAGGACAAGGCCGAUCUGAGGUUCGGUGUCAAGAACAAGGUUGACAUGGUCUUCGCCUCGUUCAUUCGCCGCGGCAGCGACAUCAAGGCCAUCCGUGAGGUCCUCGGCGAGGAUGGCAAGGAGAUCCAGAUCAUCGCCAAGAUCGAGAACCAGCAGGGUGUCAACAACUUCGACGACAUUCUCAAGGAGACCGACGGUGUCAUGGUUGCCCGUGGUGACCUUGGUAUCGAGAUCCCUCCCUCGCAGGUCUUCAUCGCCCAGAAGAUGAUGAUCACCAAGUGCAACAUCGCCGGCAAGCCCGUCAUUUGCGCUACCCAGAUGCUCGAGUCCAUGACCUACAACCCCCGCCCGACCCGUGCCGAGGUCAGCGAUGUUGGUAACGCCGUCCUGGACGGUGCCGACUGCGUCAUGCUGUCGGGCGAGACUGCCAAGGGUAACUACCCUGAGGAGGCCGUCAAGAUGAUGCACGAGACCUGCCUGCUCGCCGAGGUUGCCAUUCCCUACGUCAGCGCCUUUGACGAGCUGAGGAAGCUCGCUCCCGUCCCUGUCCCCACCACCGAGACCUGCGCCAUGGCUGCCGUCAGCGCUUCUCUCGAGCAGAACGCCGGUGCUAUCCUUGUCCUGACCACCAGUGGUAACACCGCUCGUCUGGUUGCCAAGUACCGCCCUGUCUGCCCCAUCAUCAUGGUCACCCGUAACGAGGCCGCUUCGAGGUACUCUCACCUGUACCGUGGCGUGUACCCCUUCUACUUCAACGAGGAGAAGCCCGACUUCAAGACCGCCCCUUGGCAGGAGGAUGUCGACCGCCGCCUGAAGUGGGGUAUCAUGAACGCCAUCAAGCUCGGCGUUCUCAACCGCGGCGAUGCCGUCGUCUGCGUUCAGGGCUGGCGUGGCGGUAUGGGCCACACCAACACUCUCCGCAUCGUCCCCGCCGAGGAGGACCUUGGCCUCGACCAGGACGCAGGAUGGUCAUUGCUGAAGGGCUUCCCUGCCGAAUACUGA